ACUGAUACAUCUCAAAGUCUAUGUCCCUCUCUGUCAUGUGCCGUAACUGUACUGCUAAUACUGUCUGCCUGACUCUGCCUUCAGUAUGUUUCAGGUGGAUGAGAACUACACACGUGUGUCAGAGUUUGUUAUUGUGGGCUUCCCAAGUCUCCAGCCGGAGUAUUUUGUCCUAGUGGCGUGGUUGUUCUUCUUCCUCUAUGUGACCACAGCGGUGGGCAACCUCCUGCUGGUAGUGAUGUUUACUUUGGAGCGCAGUCUCCAUGAGCCCAUGUACAUCAUCAUGGUCAGCCUGGCCCUCUCAGAUAUAGGUUUUGCCACAGUGGCUUUACCCAAACUAAUUGCUCGCUACUGGUGGAAUGAUGGGAGUCUUGGCUUUCACACUUGCUUCUUCCAAAUGCACAUGAUCCACUAUUUUGGCUCCUUGAAUUCUCUGAUUUUAUUGACCAUGGCCCUGGACAGAUAUCUGGCCAUCUGUUUUCCUCUCAGAUACCCGACAAUGAUGACGAACCAAACCAUGGCAGGCUUGACUCUCUUCUGCUGGGGGAUAGCUCACAUCUUCCCUGGCAUUAGCACCAUCAACUUUUCCUUGAUGCCGUUUUGUGGACCCAACAAAAUCAUACAAGCCUUCUGUACCACCAUGUCGCUCAAAUCUCUAGUGUGUGUGGACACCAGUCGACAAUACAGUCUUGCCUUUGCUGUAGCAAUGUUCAUUCUUUAUGUUCCUUUAGCAUUCAUCAUCUUCUCUUACAUUUGCAUCGUCAUCUCAGUAUUGCGCAUGGCCAAAGGACAGGGGAGAAUGAAGACCUUCUCUACCUGUGCCACCCAAGGCUGUAUCAUUUCUAUCUACUACAUACCACGUUUCUUUGUCUACGUCACACCUUUCAUUCCUAACCUGACAAUGACUCCCGACAAGAGUAUAGCUACCACCGUCUUCUACAGUCUUUUCCCUCCAGUCAUCAACCCGUUCAUCUACUGUCUGAGAACCAAGGAGAUCAAGCAAAUAUUCAGACGCUGGCUGCAGAAAAGAAAGGGUGUCAUGCCGACAAAGCAUGGCCAAAUUGUUGCUGUCACCAUGUCAAACUGACAAAUCAUCCAUCACCCUGUA